AUGUCCCAACCGCCGCCCUAUUAUAAUCAGCAGCCGGGCUUCAACCCGCAGCCCUACAAUCCCUAUAACCAGCAGGCUGCCCCCUACCCGGCCGGAUACUCAAAUCAACCCCAGCCGCAAAUUAUCUAUCGUGAAGCGCCGCGGCGGAACGACUCGUGGCCGGGCGACGAUUGCUGCUGCAAAUGGCUGGCCACGCUAGCUUGUGGCUGUUUGCUUGGAGAGAUGUUCUGUGAUGGGCCAUGUUUGUGUUGUUAUAUCCCCAUUCCGUGUCCGCGGUUUGGCCGAAGA